UAAUAUUUCAUUUAUACAGGUCUAUACAUUUUUUUAAUAUAACUAAUUAAUAAAACUAAUUUAUGUUUCAGACAAAAUUAGGCCAGUUAGUGUAUUUUUGUUUUUUUCUACAUCAACAAAAUUUGUUCCAAAAGAAGCGAAAGCAGGAUCAACACAUACUUGUCGCUGAGCAACUCACAGAAUGUCAGCUUGUCUGGAACACUGCAGUCUCAGACAAGCAGAAUGAUACAAAAAGUGAAGCACCCCAGUGCUGUUAGAUAAAAUAUCAGCACUCUUGGAACGCCGCUUGACAAAUCAGAGUACCGUAUGACAAAAAUUGUGGGAUGAUUAUCAGUGGUCUAAUGUAUUUGUCUAAUACAUUUGAAUUCAUUUUGUUUUGGUUGGUGGUCGUUUUGGGAGUAUUGUGUGUUUAUGUUGUGGGAUUGUACUCGUUUUGUCUGCAGAUUGAGAACAGAUUAAGUCCUCAGUCACAACACACGCAGUCUGAGAGGAAAUCCAGCCAGAGAACUGAGCAUAUGAUGAACAACAGGGCCCUGCGGGUUUGUGGCCACACACACACAAUAAGUUGACUUCAACAGCAAUGCUCAACAAAUCUGACAAAAGCUCAGAUUUUCUCAUCAGGACUUCAUGAGGCUGGACAAAGAUACCAUGACCGGCAGAUCUCUGUGUUUAACAACUCAAUCACCCCAUCAGAAACAAACUGUCACAGAACCUGUAACCGAUGUUCUUACAGAGAUGUUCCCUAACACUGUCAAAACUCCCACUGGAAUCUACACCACGAAGAGACUAUAAAGGGAGCUGCAGGAUGUCCUGUGCAGUUUAAAUACCAAGAUUUGCCACAACAUUGGAGAGGCAGGAGAUUCAGCAGCGCCUGGUGCCUUUGUGGGUUCAGACCGUGCUUUUUCUUCUUGUGGUCUGUCUGCUCUGCCUCAUCUACUCGUACAUGAAAAAGCCACUCUUCAAUCCGCUCACUGCUCUGGUGGAUGGUCUACAUGAGGAACCUGCUCUCAUAUCCAGCACGCAGGCCACACCCACAAGUGGUGAUGCAGCUUAGGUUAACUGUACCGUGAAGAUACUGAUGUCAUAGAAAGUUAUGGAAAGAUCAGUUCCUUCUACAGUAGUUCAUCUCAGGACCAAUUCAGCCAGGUGUCCUCUCUUCUGGAUUUUACCUUCUAAACUCGUCUCCCUUUGUUAGACAAACUGUGUGUAAUUGCGUUUGCGACACUCCCUUCAUGAGCUAAUCAUCUUUAACUGUCUCAGAAAACUUGAUAUGAUUGGACUGAAUACAAUUCAAGGAGCAAUCCAUCAUAACAGCACUCAGAUGCAGCAUUUUUCUUACCACAUACAUUGUGUUUGUUGUAGGACAUUUACAUUUAAGUUGAACACAGAGCUUGAAGAAUGGGAAAAUACAACCACCAUUUAUCCUGGUUUAAGUCCAGAACAGAGAAAGGAACUGCUGGCAAAUUUUAAAGAGGCAAUUCAGAUCCCCACAGUGUCAUUUUCAGAGACACAGCAGAACACAAGUGCACUGCAUGAAUUUAACCUGCUGCUCAGAAGGAUCUUCCCAAAGGUCUUUUCAUCCAGCCUGGUUCAACAUGAAGCAAUAUCAAACUACAGCCACCUGUUUACAGUGUUUGGGAGUGAUCCCUCUUUGGAGCCGUAUAUGCUGCUGGCACACAUUGAUGUAGUGCCAGCUGAUGAGGUGGAUGGGUGGGACGCUCCUCCUUUCUCUGCUAAAGAGAUCAAUGGCUUCGUUUAUGGGCGAGGGACCAUCGACAAUAAACAGUCUUUGAUGGGGAUCCUUCAGGCAUUGGAAUAUCUAUUGGAACGAGGUUACACCCCUCAGCGAAGCUUCUACAUUGGUUUGGGUCACGAUGAGGAGGUGCAUGGCUUACAUGGUGCAGUGAAUAUUGUGAAUCUGUUGAAGAGUCGUGGGGUGAAGCUGCGGUAUGUUUUAGAUGAAGGUCUUACAAUUAUGGAUGGCAUUGUAGAUGGCCUGAACGGACCAGCUGCCCUAAUAGGAGUCAGUGAGAAGGGCCAAGCCACAGUAAAGCUGAGUGUUAGUGGUGCUCCGGGACAUUCAUCCAUGCCUCCUAAAGAGAGCAGUAUUGGCAUUUUGGCUUCAGCAGUCAGAAAUUUGGAGAAGAACCGGAUGCCCAAUCUCUUUGGUCAUGGUCCUGAGCGUGCCACAUUUGAGCAGCUGGCACAUAAGUUUGGCAUGCCUCACAGAAUGGUCAUGGCUAAUCUGUGGCUCUUCUCUUCACUGCUCAGCGGUAUUUUGGAAGGACAGCCUGACACAAAUGCCUUUGUGAGGACAACGACUGCCGUUACAAUGUUUAACUCUGGUGUAAAGAUUAAUGUCAUGCCAGCAUAUGCCGAGGCCUUUGUCAAUUUCCGUAUCCACUCAGCCCAGACAGUGCAGGAGGUUUUGAAGCUGAUCGAGUCCACCAUAUCAGAUAAGCGUGUGAAGGUGGAGCUGGUCAGUGGAUUUAACCCACUGCCCAUCAGUUCGUAUGAUGAGCACACAUUUGGGUACCAGAUCAUAAAGAAAACAGUGCAGGACAUUUUUCCUGAGGUCACUGUGACCCCUAGUAUCUGUGUUGGCAACACUGACAGCCGUCACUACACAGAACUGUCUCCAGACAUUUAUCGUUUUGCCCCGUCAUGGUACAAACCUGGUGAUUCUGCAAGAUUCCACGGUGUGAAUGAGAGAAUCGCCAUUCAGAACUACGAAGAGAUUGUGCUGUUCUACUUUCAGCUCAUCCAGAAUUGUGACAUCAGAAACGUGCCAUCACCUCGCACCUGACAUAAAUCUCUUGCUGUGGUGUUUAAGUUUAAUUAACUUGAAUAUAAAGUCUGUAAAAAAAUAACAUUAUGGCACAUUCAAAAUGGUUGCAGUGCUGAAUGAGUGUGGUUGAACCAACCUAUGAAGUGUUGAACCGACCUCAACAUAAUCUAAUGCCCCUUCUAUAGUUAUUAUUUUCAAGUGUUUUGCAUUUGUGCAGAUUUUACUGAAGAUUCAUAGUUGUAUUUUAAACUGCUGGAUUACCAUUAGAUUAUCAAAUUUGUGUCAGACAGAAGUGCUUUAUUGUGGUAUCCUAUUCAAAUUCUGAUAAAGUCUGAUGAAAGGUUUGAAGUGUGGUUCAAUAAACAUUUAUUUGCCUCUAAAUAUCUCUUACAUCACAGAGCUGUUGCUGAACACAAAUUUUUGGUUGUUGAAAUAUUCAAUGUGCCUUUGAAUUCUUUUCUGUUUUGAACUAAAGUGAUAAGUACUGAUAUCGAAAAUCCUUGUUUAUUUCCAUAAUUUACGUGAAAUAAUAUGAAAUUGCAUGAUAAUUAAGAUAAUUUCCUAUAAGGAAAUCCAUAGAUGAGUUCUUUCUAUUAGGUAGAUUCGGUCAUUUUUCAUGAUCAAAGUGAUAUUUAGCCAUGCCAAGGCAGUCUACUGUAAGAUGGCCAAAUUACAAGGUUACCCAUACAAUAUCACUCUAUCACUGCGAAACAAUGUUACAGAUAAGUAACAUUACCUGCCUUUAAUUUUACGACCAUAGAAUAGCCUGGUCUUCAUGCAAAACCUGUUUUUGGGCAAUCAUUUCUCCAGUUGUUAAUUUGACCUAUUUAAAGGAACG